AUGCCCCUGCUCUCCAGCCUUUCCCUUCUGUGUCCUCAAGGAGAAGUUUGCACCGCGCUCAACAACAAGUACAGCGAGUUCGUGCCCAGCGCGCGCCGCGCCGAGGAGCUGUCGGGGCGCGUGGCCGCGCUGAGCGGGGACAUGGAGCUGCUGCGGGCACGCGUGGACUGCGAGGUCCACAAGAUCUGAAAUGUUGCUGUUGCUGAGUUUGCUGAGUUGAAGCAGCAGCUGGAGCAAGACACCCUGGUCCUGAGCAUCCUGAAAAAGCUACAGGAGUUUGACACAGCUGUUAAGGAGUACAACACUGCCCUGCUGGAAAAGAAGUAUGUUGCAGCAGCUCAGCAACUGGAAAAGGCACGGGGCAGCCUGAAGGUGCUGGGAUCCCGCAGGGGCUUUGAGCUGAAGAUCCUGAAGGCCCUGAACACAGAGCUCACUGUGCAGACACAGAACAUGCUCUACCACCUGGGGGAGGAGUGGCAGAAACUGGCUGUGUGGAAGCUGCCUCCUUCCAAAGAAAGCAGCAGCCUGGAGACAGUGACACAGUCUGAGCUGCACCUACACACGGUGCCACCAAAAGAGAAGGUUUCUGGCCCACCUGUUGCUGCUGUGCUGCAGGCAUUUGCUGUCCUGGGAGAACUGCACACCAAGCUUAAAAUUUUUGGUCAAUUGCUGCUGAAGUACAUUCUCAAGCCACUGAUUUCAUACCCAUCCCUUCAGCCCCUCACAGAGGAGCAGCCAGAUGUGUUGAUCCUGCGUUUCAAGUCCGAGGAGCCUGCCUGGGAUCAUUCCUCUCCCAUGGAGGUUUUUGACAAAAUCAAGCUUGUUUUUGAAUUUCUCCACAAAUAUCUGUUGAAUGUGCCUCUGGAGCAGCCUGCACAAGACAAGGAGGAUUGCAGCAAGGUCACACUGGCAGAACUGCUGGGUGAGCUGAUCUGGGAAGAGCUGUCAGACUGCCUCAUUCACAACUGCCUGGUGAACUCAAUCCCAACCAACAGCAGCAAACUAGAGCAGUAUAUAGAGGUGAUUAAAUCCACAGAGGAGUUUGAAAAAGCCUUGAAGAACAUGCAGUUUUUGAAAGGGGACACGACUGAUCUGCUGAAAUACGCCCGCAAUGUCAACUCCCACUUUGCAAACAAGAAGUGCCAGGAUGUGAUUGUGGCAGCCAGAAACCUGAUGACCUCAGAAAUACACAACACUGUAAAGAUCUCACCUGACUCCUCUGUAGCCCUGCCAAAGCUUCCUGAUCCUGGGGCAGAUCACUCACAGAUGCAAAAGUCUCCUCAGCUUCUGCACAACGAGACAGGGAAUUUGGAGAACGAGACCAAACUGAGCCAGUUCACCUUCUCCCUGCCCACCUGCCGCAUCAGCGCGUCCGUGGAGAAGCUGAUGGAGUUGGCUUAUCAGACACUGCUGGAGGCCACAGCCAGCACUGAUCAGUGCUGCGUGCAGCUCUUCUACUCUGUGCGGAAUAUAUUCCAGCUGUUCUAUGAUGUAGUGCCAACAUACCACAAGGAGAACCUGCAGAAGCUGCCCCAGCUGGCAGCCAUCCACCACAACAACUGCAUGUACAUUGCUCACCACCUGCUCACCCUGGGACACCAGUUCCGCUACCGCCUGACCAGCAUCCUGUGUGAUGGAGCUGCCACCUUUGUCGACCUGGUGCCUGGGUUUAGGAGACUUGGGAUGGAGUGUUUUCUGGCCCAGAUGCGGGUGCAGAAAGGAGAGAUCCUGGAGAGGUUGUCAAGUGCAAGGAAUUUCUCUAACAUGGAUGAUGAGGAAAAUUACAGUGCAGCAAACAAAGCAAUAAGGCAGGUAUUGCAUCAGCUGAAAAGAUUGGGAAAAGUCUGGCAAGAUGUGCUGCCUGUGAACGUGUACUGCAAGGCCAUGGGGACUCUACUGAACACAGCUCUGGCAGAGAUUGUCACCAGGAUUGUUGCCCUAGAGGACAUCUCCACAGAAGAUGCAGAUCGCCUGCACUCCCUCUGCAGGACCAUGGUGGAGGAAGGACCCCAAGUUUUCACCCCACUACUGGAAGACAAGAAAAAUAAGAAGUACCAGGAGGAAGUUCCAGUCUACGUGCAGAAGUGGAUGACAUUCAAAGAGCUGAUGAUCAUCUUGCAAGCCAACCUCCAAGAAAUAGUAGACCAGUGGGCAGAUGGGAAGGGGCCUCUUGCAGCUGAAUUCUCUGCAGCUGAAGUGAAGAGUCUGAUCCGAGCCCUGUUCCAGAACACAGACAGGAGAGCAGCAGCACUGGCCAAAAUCAAGUAA